UCACAUGGCCCGGUGACGUCAGUCGCUCACACACGGGGUUACUGAGGAAACCGGCCGCCGCUGCUCCUGAGUCCUGCUGCCUCUGACUGACAGUGACUGGCUGUGGCCGGGGAUGAGAGCGGGCUCGCUGUGACGUGGCUGCGGGCUCCAUGGAGCGGGACAUGUGGUCCUGGGCUCAGCUGCUGGGGGUCCUGGCCGCCUCCGCCGCGCUGCUGAUCGCCGUCUCCACCGUCAGGCACAUCCUGAAGCAGAGGAGACCCCGGGGCUUCCCGCCCGGCCCCACCGGCCUGCCCCUUAUCGGCAACAUCCUGGCCCUGGCCUCCGACCCCCAUGUCUACAUGAAGAAGCAAAGUAAGGUCUAUGGACAGAUAUUCAGUUUGGACUUAGGGGGCAUCUCUACAAUAGUUCUGAACGACUACGAUGCGGUGAAAGAAUGCAUGGUGCGCCAGAGCGAUGUCUUCGCCGACCGCCCGUCCCUCCCGUUGUUUCAUAAGCUGACUAAAAUGGGAGGCCUCCUCAAUGCAAAGUUUGGGCGAUGCUGGACGGAGCACCGUAAGCUGGCGGUGAGCUGUUUCCGCAACUUCGGGUACGGCCAGAAGUCCUUCGAGAACAAAAUCUCAGAGGAAUCCUUGUUUUUCCUUGAUGUCGUGGACACACAUAAAGGGAAGGCGUUCGAUCCGAAGCAUCUAAUAACCAUUGCCGUCUCCAAUGUCUCCAACCUGAUCUUGUUUGGGGAGCGCUUCCGCUACGAUGAUAAUGAGUUUCUGCAUAUGAUCGAAAUCUUCAGUGAGAAUAUAGAGCUGGCGACCAGCGCCUGGGUGUUCCUGUACAACGCCUUCCCGCUCAUUGGCAUUCUGCCCUUUGGGAAGCACCAGCAGCUUUUCAGGAACGCUUCAAAGGUCUACGACUUUCUCCUUCAAAUCAUCAAUCGUUUCUCAGAGCACCGCACGCCGCAGUUGCCGCGCCAUUUCAUCGAUGCAUAUCUGGAUGAGAUGGAGAGGAGCGCAGCAGAUCCAGAGAGUACGUACUCCACGGAGAAUCUCAUCUUCUCGGUCGGGGAACUGAUAAUUGCUGGGACAGAGACCACAACCAAUGUUCUGAGAUGGGCAAUUCUCUUCAUGGGCCUCUACCCCAAUAUACAAGGUCAGAUUCACAGAGAAAUUGACUUAGUGGUUGGACCAAAUAGGAUCCCAGUGUUUGAAGACCGGUCUAACAUGCCUUAUACUGAGGCCGUACUGCACGAAAUACUGAGAUUCUGCAACAUCGCCCCCUUGGGGAUUUUCCACGCUACUUCCAGAGACACCGUCGUGCGAGGGUAUUCAAUCCCAGCAGGCACCACGGUCAUCACUAACCUGUACUCUGUGCACUUCGAUGAGAAAUACUGGAGUGAUCCAGAAAUCUUCUAUCCAGAGAGGUUUUUGGAUAGCAGCGGACAGUUUAUCAAGAAGGAAGCCUUUGUCCCUUUCUCGUUGGGGAGAAGACACUGUCUGGGGGAGCAGCUGGCCAGGAUGGAACUGUUCCUGUUCUUCACAGCGCUGCUGCAGAGAUUCCACUUGCACUUCCCACAUGGGUAUAUCCCAAAUCUGAAGCCAAAGCUGGGUAUGACGCUGCAGCCUUACCCAUACCCCAUCUGCGCCGAGAGACGCUAGAUAUGCAAACUAGCUGCACACCAAUCUACUUAGUCAGCGAACAGCUCAGAUUUUUCUGUGCAGGAGAGUGCAGUGUUCUAAAGCAAGCAUAUGCUCAGCAGAGUGAGUGGGAAAUCCUGUCACUGGGUGAUUCAGCUGGCCGAAUUUCCCAUUCAGUAUGAUGUCAGGCUGCUAAAGAGUAUGGUCACUGUAUAACACUGCAUUUCCUGGUCAGAGAAUGGUGGCGUUCCAAAACUCCCAUCAGACAUUGGAACCUGGUUCUGGUAUAUAUGUGUACGUGAUAUAUACAUGUAUAUACACACACACACACACACAUAUAUAUCUAUCUCUCACAGCUCCUCCCACUCCGAAACCUCAUCAUGGUCGCUUCCAGCCUAUGCAGGAUGAAGAUUUUACUAGUCCGAAUAAAUACACCGCCAUCUUAGUCUGUAGGCAUUUGUAAUACAUUUUCUCUAUCGUCCUAGUGGAUGCUGGGGUUCCUGAAAGGACCA